AUGAUCCGCGAUAUGCAUAUUAAGGCUAAUCAUGGAUUAGAAAGAUCAUUGAAUAAUUAUCGUUUAAAAUAUAUUCAUCAUUUAAAUUAUUGGAAAAAUAUUCGAAAAACAAAUUAUUGGAUUACAUCGGAAAAUCCUCUUUUUUAUAAUGAUGUUCAUAUAGCGAAUGAAUGUCAUUUUAAUUCGACUUGCAAUCUUUUUGAAAAUAUUUCAUCACCAACUGAAUCAACUGAUAGUGGAAUACAAUUAUCUAUGGAACGAACAACAACAAUGGAUGAUAUGAAUCUUCCACUAGGUUGGGAACGGUUUGAAGAUGAACAAGGUGUUUAUUAUUGGCAUAAACGUACUGGUACUGUAACACGUGAUCGACCAGAAUCAAUAACAACUUCUCCAUCAUUAACACUUUCAUCAUCAUCAUCUAAUGAUAUAUGUUUCGAAAUAAAUUCUCUAUUAUAUAGAAGUGAAUCAGAGAUAUCUAUUCAAACAUUGGAUAAUAAUUCUGAUCAACAACAUCGGUUUUAUGUACGUUCACUUGGUUGGACAAUAAUCGAUGAAGAAGAUUUAACAAGUGAUAAAAGUAGUCGUGCUGUAAAUCGUUGUAUUUAUGAAUUAACAAAUGGUAUAAAUGAUUCUAUUAGUAGUUGGGGUGAUGGAAAAGAUCUUUAUAUGGAUAUAAAUAAUAAGGAAAUAGUUUUAAUUGAUCCCCGUGAAAGUACGAUAAUACAUAAACAAUCGAUACCAUCAAUUAAAGUUUGGGGUGUUGGAAGAGAAAAUUCAAGUGAUUUUGCUUAUGUUGCAAAAGACAAAGAUCGUACAAAAAAUAUUUAUAAAUGUCAUGUAUUUCGAUGUGAUAACACAUCAGCAAGAAUAAUUGCAAAUACAUUACGUGAUAUAUGUAAAAAUCUUAUGAUUGAACGUGGUUUAUUAAAUACGACAAGAGAUUUUUCAAAUAACGAAAUUAUAACACAAAAACGACCAACAUCAUUUCCUGAAUCAAUUGAUAAUGAUAUGACUGAAGUAUCAUUUCCAACACCGAUGGAAGAACAAAAGAAACAUUUACCCUGUAAAUAUUUAGGUUGUAUAUAUGUUGAGAAACCUGGUGGAAUGCAUGUUUUACGACCAGCAAUUGAAAAAGUAUCGCAAACUGUACCGGAAGAUAAAUGGAUUCCAGUUAUAGUUAAUAUUUCUCCAACAUCAAUUAUUGUUUCUUCAGAAGAUGAUCCAAACGAACAACUAGUCGAUUGUCGUAUACGUUAUCUUUCAUUUUUGGGUGUUGGCCAAAAUACAACCUUUUGUGGAAUAAUCAUUCAUUGUGCAGAUAAUUCAUUUAAAUGUCAUGUAUUUUAUUGUCUACCAUCAUGUGUUCAACUCUGUAAAAAUAUUGAAGCGGCUUGUAAAUUACGUUAUCAAAAAUGUCUUGAUGCUCACCCACAAACAGUUAAACCAGUUGAACAAACAAAAAGUUAUGGUGCCCAAAUAAAAAGUUUGGUUGAAUCAUUUUGGUUCGGAAACAAAUAA